UUGAUUGUGAGAAAAGAUUGUUUUGGGGCUUGAUGGCCAAUAUUCUGAAAGUCAAGGGGCUUAAAAGAGUAGAAUUUGGAUAAGGAUGGCUUAUUUCUUUUCUCCCUUUUCCUCUUUCUUCUCCAGCCCGUUUCUGCUCUUGUCUUCCCGCUGCAGCCCGAAAGGAAAAAAAAAAGGGGAACCCAGCCAUGCUUAAGAAAUUAGUGAGAAAGCUUGGAGAUUUCUCCUUCUUUCUUGUUCUAGAACCCACCUAGAACCCAGAAAUCUUCCCUACCCUGCUGGAAAAGCCGGAUCUGCUAUGCUCUUCUGCCCUUGUCCGCCGGCUGCUCUUGUUGUGGGUGCAAAUUCUGGGCAUUUUUCGGUAAGAACAGCCAUUAAAUUCCUUUGUUCUUGCUUGAAUUGGCUUGGGUUUAUGUUAAUUGCUCUUGGUUCCUUCAAUUUUGGGUAGCCCGUGAGUUUCUCCCCUGCACUCCCGCCGGCCUUCCCCAAUCUGCUAGCUCCGGUUCCUUGCUUGUAAAUUUUGAAAAAUGGGGGAAAUUCCAGUAGCUUUAGGACCAUGAUUAAGCACUAAUUCAAGUGGGAUUUAUGUGAUUGAGUGUUAAUUGCUUGUUGUGAUUUUUUGGAGAGAAAACCCCGUGAGAUUAGCUAGUGGUUGGCCAUUGUUUGGAAGUUGGAGUUACUGUUCACGUCGGGGUACUGUUCAUGGACACUGUUCACACCCCGAGGGCCAACAAUUAACGGGGAUUUAAAUGAUUAGUUUGUGAUAUGAGAACGAAUUUGGAGAUAUUUGAUCAUGUGGAGAUUUAUGAAAAUCGCAUUGUGAUUAGGAAUGAUCCUAAUGAAGUGUUCAGUGUGAAUUUGUGAUAGUGGUAUUAAUUCUUGAAAUAUCUUGAUUAGGUUCUUGAUCGUCCUGUCAGUUUAGUACGUGAAUUGAGUGCUCGGUUUUAUGCAAGUGAGGAAGUGAAACCGAGGACGGGGAAACCACGAGAAGUGACGAGUUAGAAGGCUAGCCACUUUGUAAAUUGAACAUAGAUUUAGAAAUGAAUCAUGAUCUUGUAUUUGGAGAUUUUAUGAUAUCAGAGAGAAUUUUAUAAGAUUUGAUCUUCAGAUUUUGAUGGUAUCAGAGUGUGAAUAUGAUAAGUUUCGAGCCUUGUGCAUUUGUGGGACCCAUCUCACGAGUGCACGGCGUCUGUCGCGUCUUGAAAUUGGGUUUUGGGGCGUGACAAGCAUGCUGGAGCCGCCCUGUGCUCCCCACUCCAAUGAUCCUUCCGAGUCUGUCGGCUUUUGGGUCCCUUUCUGGUGACCCUUUUGGUUUUCCUGUUUUUUCUUGUUGUUUUGUUUUACUUUAUGUUCUUGUAUAGUUUAUGUUUUUCAGAUCUGGCGACCCUCGACUCUAUCCUGCAGAUCUUGGGAGGUGCUCGCUGAUUUUCCAGAUUUGGCCACUGCCAGACUGGAGCUUUGCCACGGCAUCCUGGAGAUUUCGUGCCAUCCUCUCCGGAGUAUAUUGAAGGGUGUCCCAUGGCUGGAUCGGUCAACCUCAGGUUGCUUGAGUGACUUCACCUCCUUUCCUCCCAUGCAUCGGGCCUACUCUGCUUUGCUUCUCCAGUUUGUUCUUUUCUUUGUCUGUUACCUUUAUUCUUUUGGAUAAGGUCUGAAUGUAGAUGCCGUAUGGCAGUUUCCCUAAUG